AUGUACUACGAAGUGUAUGGUAUGGCCGUCAAGGCACACCUUCACUCGUCAGUAGCGGAGACUGCCAAGGAUCUGUGGCGGUACAUACAUGCCACAAUUACGGCUUCCGGUGGAAGUGUCGCAAAAUCGGCCAGUGUUGCAAAUUCUGUCGCAAAUUCCGGUACAGCCGAGAAUGCGGAUCUAGCCGCAGAAGCAGACACCGUGAGCAUCAAUCAGAUGCUGAAUGCAGG